AUGCCCACCCGUCCUAAUUACAUACCUCCCAAGAUUUUAACAGGUACGCCCACCCGUCCUAAUUACAUACCUCCCAAAGUUUUAACAGGUACGCCCACCCGUCCUAAUUACAUACCUCCCAAAGUUUUAACAGGUACGCCCACCCGUCUUAAUUACAUACCUCCCAAAGUUUUAACAGGUACGCCCACCCGUCUUAAUUACAUACCUCCCAAAGUUUUAACAGGUACGCCCACCCGUCCCAAUUACAUACCUCCCAAAGUUUUAACAGGUACGCCCACCCGUCCCAAUUACAUACCUCCCAAAGUUUUAACAGGUACGCCGACCCGUCCUAAUUACAUAUCUCCCAAAGUUUUAACAGGUACGCCCACCCGUCCCAAUUACAUACCUCCCAAAGUUUUAACAGGUACGCCCACCCGUCCCAAUUACAUACCUCCCAAAGUUUUAACAGGUACGCCCAAUUACAUACCUCCCAAAGUUUUAACAGGUACGCCCACCCGCCCUAAUUACAUACCUCCCAAAGUUUUAACAGGUACGCCCACCCGCCCUAAUUACAUACCUCCCAAAGUUUUAACAGGUAUGCCCACCCGUCCUAAUUACAUACCUCCCAAGGUUUUAACAGGUACGCCCACCCGUCCUAAUUACAUACCUCCCAAAGUUUUAACAGGUACGCCCACCCGUCCUAAUUACAUACCUCCCAAAGUUUUAACAGGUACGCCCACCCGUCUUAAUUACAUACCUCCCAAAGUUUUAACAGGUACGCCCACCCGUCUUAAUUACAUACCUCCCAAAGUUUUAACAGGUACGCCCACCCGUCCCAAUUACAUACCUCCCAAAGUUUUAACAGGUACGCCCACCCGUCCCAAUUACAUACCUCCCAAAGUUUUAACAGGUACGCCGACCCGUCCUAAUUACAUAUCUCCCAAAGUUUUAACAGGUACGCCCACCCGUCCCAAUUACAUACCUCCCAAAGUUUUAACAGGUACGCCCACCCGUCCCAAUUACAUACCUCCCAAAGUUUUAACAGGUACGCCCAAUUACAUACCUCCCAAAGUUUUAACAGGUACGCCCACCCGCCCUAAUUACAUACCUCCCAAAGUUUUAACAGGUACGCCCACCCGUCCUAAUUACAUACCUCCCAAAGUUUUAACAGGUACGCCCACCCGUCCUAAUUACAUACCUCCCAAAGUUUUUCAAUUUAAUUUUCGGUUCACUACAAUUCAGGGUUUAAUGGAUUCACCCUAAAUGUGCACCCUCUGUGUGGACUCUUUCCAUUUCUCUUUCUUGUACACAACUCUUCCCAUAUUCCCUCACCUUCAAGAUUUCUCUAGGGCUGCACCGUUUCUCUAAAACUCCCUUCACUACUACGUUACACUCUCAGCAAGUCACCUUCGCUUAAAAAAAAAUCACUUAUUUUCAAUUAAACAGUUAAAAGUUUUACCUCUCCACACCUUCGUUACCCACCUUGCUUCCUCUCAUGCAACUAGGUCAUCCAAAAGACUAACCCUUCAUUGUAAACUAUUCUAGUAGCCUACUUUCCCCGUACAUGAAAUGCAUCCCACCCUUACCUUUUGUGUACAUGACAGUAUGUUUGGUUGCCCAUUUAAUCAGAGGAAAAUGGAUAUUAUGAGAUGGAGAUCGAUUUUCAAAAAAAGAGGCGCAGAUACCAUGGGCAGGAUGUAUUUUAUUGUAAACAUCGUAAAAACAUAAGUCUAUUAAUGCUCAUAUAUGAUAUCAGCUAUAGUAUCCUCAAUGCUAGUACACCCUGUCAUAAAUAUCUAUAUCCCUGCCUAGUUCAUAAAACUAUAUCAGAGGCAGAAAAAAGGCAGAGCAGGGUCUACAACAGCAAGAAAAACAUAAGUGCUGUUUAGUACAUAGUUGUCAAUAGCACUAAUGCUGACUGAUAUAGAGUAAAGGGGAUUGAUUCCUCCAGGAAAGGCACGAGUACCAUAGGUGUGACGGAUCACCUUGUCCCUGGACUGAAAACCCCUUCAUUUCAUUCCCCUAUGAGUUCGGGACAUUGCCUUCUCUUUCAUUUAUUCUAUAUUUUAUUUCCCUACCAAACAAACUACCGAACGACCAGACCACCCAUGUGUGGACUAUACCCCUCAUUAACUUCUGUCACCUCUGUAACACCUUGAAAACCACAUGCAUUCUAAACAGUCGGCUGGGUGGUCGGCGUUCGGUAUAUGAACACGUGGCGGUGGCCAUCUAUAGCCGCGAAUACAUACAGCGGUGUUUGGUCAUCGAGUGCAUGGAACUAUAAUCGGACACUUGAUGGCGCGAACACCGCUGGGACUUCCUUACCUUCAUACGUUCAUCUAGAUUCGUAUAAUUAUUAUAAUAUAUUCUGAGGUCUUUUAUAUGAAAAUAAUGGAGUGGAUUGAAAUUCCGGAAUAUUGAGGAAAUACCUCUUAAGGAUCCCCCAAUGAGAACGAAUAAUAGGUGCCACUCUGUUGCUAUGUAAAUUAAAGUGGAUAUAAAAGGUAUCCAAAUCUGAUUAUUAGAUGUUUUCUGUCUAGGUCUCAAUGGGGAAUCCCUCUCCACAUUCAAUACUUUUUCUUUCUCAGAAUUAGGGAGUGUAGCUGGAUACCCACGACGAAGAAACCUAUCGCUCAUCUCAUUGAGUCUCUGUUGUCGAGUUAUUGGGUCUGACACAUUUCUAGCUACAUUAAACUCAGUCAUCUCACAGCAUAGAGCCUUGUCUCAUGUUUGUGGGAGAAAGCUAUAACAGCUCUCUCUCUCUUCUGCUUGGAGUGCUAUUCAUGCUCUUCUCUACAGCAUCCCUCCCACUAGGGGGAAAAGAACAUCUCUGGCGGCAAAACCCCUUCUUCACAUUGGGGAGGCAACCGCAAUAGGUAAAAUGUACUUUUUCUAAAUACCGUUAGAUAUGUCUAUUGGGGUUUGUCAAUGUUAUCAAUUCUAAUGAUACUACUCAUAGCAUGUGGCCCCCUGCCUAGUUAUAUCAGAGAUAGGAAAAUAGCUAUAGUAGGUAAUUAUCAAAAGUGCAAGUCUAUGUUACAAUUCAGUGUUUUGUGAUAAACCCCAACAUCAAAUUAAUCACAUCAAAGUUUUAUAUAACUGAGGGCAGGGAUGAAUAAUGUUAGAUAAAGUUGUAAUUGUAGAAGAGUUCUGGAGCUUACUUACUGGCCACUGCCUUAUGGUUUAGCAUAUUCUGAUCAUGGCCCUAUUUACAGUAAUUUUUACAUUUUUGUUCUGCAUAACAUUAACAAUAAAUAAUCUUUAUAUGUAACAUUUUAAAUUCUAGUGCGUAUUUAUUUUUUUCCCUUUUUGGUGAAAGCUCAGUCGAUUACAAGUUUUGUGUUUUGGACUUUGAAAAAGUUUUGUCCACGCUGACAUAAUCGACAAGUCAUUUUUCAAUUCACUUUGACAAGGUAAAGUCAUCCCCAGAAAGCAACCUGCAGUGAUAGUGUUGCUAAUUAGAGCCAUAAAUGCAAAUAAAGCUUAUCACAGCCAUAAGGAAAUAUGUUACAUUUUAUCCUCCAGCAAUUUAGGUCCCGAGAUCAAUGCAUACCUGCCAUUUGAAGAUAUCAGAGAUUAGCAGGAAUGUGGCUUUAUAUUAAUUGAAUUAAAAGUCGCCUGUGAAAAUACACAUUUUAAAUUCUACAUCUUUGAAGCCACCCUGAAUGUCACUUUGUUCACCUGGUGUCAGGGCAAGAUUAGGGGAUUCUGUGUCUAUAAAGAAAUGGGAAUUCAGGGUUAGGUGUGUUUAGGCUUAGAUGGAAUUUGGGGUUAGGGUUGUAGGCUUCAAGUUAGAAGGUGUGUUUGUAUUAUAUGAACUGUAACCCCACCUAAACCACCAAUGCUAUCCCUACAUCCUUCCAGCAAGUAUACAGCUAUGCUAUUUUCAAUAUGAGAAUAGUAUAGCAUAAUACAUUACGUAACAGUACUAACCUUUUAAAUCAUCCUGAUGGCAACAUUUUUAUAUUUCAGUUUUGAACAGUAAGUAAAAAGUAAAAGAACAAGGUUGAUCAUACCCUCAUAACAAUUUGUCAUAUCAUUAAAAAUAUCAGAAGUGUAUGUAUCAUAGCAAAUUUUCCAGAGUAAGUUGAAUGCAGUUGGGGAGAGAGAAAAAGAAAAGAAAAUGUGGGGGGGAACGGGAGAAACCAAGUGAACAAAGAAUUCUCAAAAUAUGUGCAUUCAUGAAUAAGAACUGAGCUAGGACAGACAAGUCCUCCACUCCUCCAUGUACAUCUCAGUUCUGUCCCUCUCAGUCCUGUCCCCCAGGACAGCAGUCUGCUAUUCCAUCUAUUCAAUUUCUUUCGCUGAUUCCAACCAACUCUGAUAAAAAGGUGGGCAUUGUUGCCUUUAGAGUGCUGGGAUCAGGACUUGGCAUUAGUCAAUAAGUGAUUGGCUAAUAUUUAUUUUUGUAUUUGGUAAUUAACAAGUACGAUUAAGAAGCAUAUCUGCUUGGCUUCUCUAUGUUUCUAUCUAUCUAGCUAUCUAUCUAUCUAUCUAUAUAUCUCACCUGUAACAGAAGUCAUGACAUCAUAUACCAUUUCCCAGAAGAGAGGUAAAACCAGACACCCAGAAUCUAUCCAACAAUGAUCCACCACCCCACAGCAACUCCAGCACUGAUCUGAUUUUUUUUCAGGAGAGAUUAUAUUAAACUAUUGAGGAGUAUCAUAUACCAUUUGCCAUCAUUUUAUAAUUAAUCUCCUGAAAUUUUGAGUGUAAGGAACUUUGAUAGGACAAUAGCAUAAUUUAAACCAGUCCUGGUCAGUGAAGGACAACUCCAUAGCACCCUACUCGGUAUGACAUAAACAUAGACAGUUUGGAUUUUGUCCCAAAGAUAAGCAUUUGGUAAAGAGUGGAUACCCUUCAUGGCAGUAACUUGGCUCGGAAACCAUGCUCCUGAAAGGCUGUGAGUUGCCCAUGCAGCAAAAUUCAAUUAGAGUUCAACCUGUAAAAUGCCUUAGGUGGUACUACAGAAAUGACUCCAAGUUGGCUAGGCACCUUUCCUGAAGCAUUACUGAGGAAGAAAUUCAACAUCGGAACUAAGGGAUUUCACAUAAAGGUCAGGACCCCUGCCUGGAAACCAAAACGUGUUGUGGUCUAUUGGGUUGCAUGUAAGCACAUACAUUGGGCCAUGCAGUGUGGAAAGCGACAUCUGAUAAUGGACAAGACGCCAGACCUUCAGCGUUGCUCCACUAAAAGGCUGCAUCUAGAUAAAGCUGGGAACCACUCGAUCCUCCAACCACACUGCUGCUGGUAUCAACUUAAAUUUGGAUGGAGGCUCCAAAAUGUUUAGGGUAGAUGAAUUGAUAAUUUUUUACAUCAUGGUCUGUCUUCUUUCCAAACAUAGUGGAUCAGGAACACAAUUAGUGAUAAAUAGAAGAGAAUAGUCUGAAAGAGCUAGAGUGUUCUAGGUAAUAAGUUUGUUUUAACUGAAUUGAUGUGGCAAAAUCAUAAAAAAACGUGGUAGGGAACAAGCUCUCAUCUCUGUUUUAAACAGAUACAACCAGCAUUGAAAGGAAGUUAAGGGGAUGACGCCUGGAAUGGUUCUGGGGGAUCAACAGCCCCAGAUAUAUAAAAUGGUCACCAAAAAAAGAACUGUGUCUGCAGGUGUGAGACCUCCUUACCUGGCAAAAGACAAAUUGAGGACGUUUAACUUGUCUAAGUUCAGUUGGAAAAUAUUUAAUUCCCCACAUUCUCCACUAUGUUUGGAAGAGAGACAGAGGACUGUUGCACAUAUAAGCAAAUAUUUUGUGAUCCACUCCUGCAGAGCUACAUCCCUGCGUGUCUUGCUUUUUCUAACUGCUACAAGGAACAGUUUCAGUACCAAAACUUGCAAAAUUGGUCACAGGAGCAGCCCUGCUUCAUACUAUUAGAUAUACUAACUGUAUCUAUAAGUUCUUCAUUGACUCGGAUUUUAGCUGUUGAAACAGUAUAUUAAGCUUAGAACUAUUUUCAAUAGUCAUCCCUAAAUCCAAUCUUAUGAAGAGUUAAAUGCAUGAAUAGCUAUCCCAUCUCAACAUUUUUGUAAUUAAUGACUUUAUAUUCCUGUCCAAGCAGUUUCCUGCCCAAGUGUUUGUAAGAACUAAUGACAAGCCCUUGUCUUUGAACAUUACAAUCUGAAAUUUACUAAAUGUAGCAUGUUAAUAUCAUCUCAGAUUUCACCAUAGGACCAUUGUCUAUCAUUUCCCAGAGCGUUCCCGCUUUAUGCUGAUAAAGUGAACCUAUGAUUUACAAAUAUGUAGAUGUAGAGGUCAGUGACAAGUAUUAAAUGGCUACUUAGCUGGUGCUGUUGACCGGGCAACACUUUCCAAUUCCAUUACUUCAGAUAGAAAGAUUCCAGCUCUCUGUCUCAGUUAAGCCCAGUGUUGCAGGACUUAGCUCGUUCGGCUCUCUGACUGAAGUAGUGGAGGCGUAAAGCGCGUCAGACACCCCCAAAUAAAAGGCCAAACUGUUCUAAAACAGCUAGACUGCUUACAAUGGGAGGGUGGCAGGACACUCCUGGCACUAUAAUUACUACAAAAUGCUAUAGUGGUUACGGUACUUGAAGUGUUUCUUUAAUGUGGAACUUAACAUGAAGGAUCAUUGCAAACACUCUAAAGUUUUUGGACCUGAACUUGGAGUAGAUAGCCAUAGAUUUCAACUAAGUUGGUACACGUUCAAGUUAGUAUAGAUUAAUUCAUAUAUGGAUAAUGACAUUAAUCGCUAUUGGCAAUUAUUACACAAUAUCCCACUGGGGCAGAUUAUUCUGUUGAAGACUUACUGAGAACAAAGUACAAUACUGAUGUAUAUAUAUAUAAAUAUAGAUGGUGAAAGGCAUUGAUAAAAAAUAAAGCUUUGGAAUCUCUAUAAAUAUAAAACGUAUCACAUGUCAGAUUGUAAUUAACCCCUUUCUGUGACAAACAAAGUAGAAAAGAUGAUGAGGGCUCUACAACAAACAAGCAUGUCAAACUCAAAGGCUAGCACGGGCCAAAUAAACACGGUUUACGUUUAUGUGGGCCACAAAAAAUCUAAAAGUUUAGUUUUCAUAGAAACGUAGGUUUAUUUUGAAAAGUAAAACAAUAAAAGUGGUGAGAGCACACACAAAACAAAAUAUUAAAAUAGUUAAAAUAGUUACCCGUAUGUUCAGUUAAAAUCCUGUAGAGAUAAAAUCAGAAAAACAGACAUAGGGUAAUAACGUACAGAUAAUAAAUGAGCAAAUAAUUGUGUAAACUCACAUAUUUCUGAGCCACUUACAAUAGAAGCUGGCUCAGACUAAGAACAUUGAAUGGAUUAAUGUAGUGAUAGCUGGAGUCAAAUGCUAACUGCUUACUCGUCCUUUCUUAAAAAAAUCCAGGAAGCAGGAUCUCAGUAAAAGGUUUAUUAUUCCAGAGUAAAAAAGCAUCAAAAAAUGAAGCUCAGCAAUCUCACUCUCCACACACUGACGCGUUUCAGCCAAAGCUUUUAUCAAAGUGUAAGUCCAUUCAGUCCGUUCUUUGUUUAAAUAGGGGCUUUGAAUGGACUUACACUUGAUUUCUGAGCUUCAUUUUUUGCUGCUGUUUUUUUACUCUUUUAAAUUAAUACACUGCUCCCCUCUGAAUUUAACACACUACACAGGAGCAGGGCUGCCAACAGAAAUUGUGGGGCCCCUAACACAGCUCAAGGUCUGGGUCCCCGUGUGCCCGCCUCCAAGCCCCGCCUCCAAAUCCCGCCCACAGGAAUACACACACAUAGACACAAAAGGACAGAGACACAAAAAGAUACACACAUACUAACAGACACAAACACUGAAACAGACAAACACACAUAUAGACACAUACACAGAUAGAGAUACACACACACACGCACACUGAUAUACAGACACACACACUGACGUACAUACAUACUCACAUACUGACACACACACAUACAUACAUACUGACAAACAGACGUACAUACAAGCUGACAUACAGACAUACAUACAUACACAUACAUACAUAAUGGCAUACAUACACAUACAUACUGAUAUACAUACAUACAGACAUACACAUACACACACACACACGCACAGAUAGAUAUAUACAUACACAGAUACAUACAGACAUACUGACACACACACACACACACAGACAUACAUGCAUACUGACAGAUAUAUUCAUACAUACACACAUACAUACUGACAUACACACACACACACACACACACACACAGAGACAUACAUACAGACAUAUAUACAUACUGACAAACACACACACAUACAGAUAGACACAUACAUACAGACAUACUGACAUACACACACACAGACAUACAUGCAUACUGACAUACAUACAUACUUGCAGACACAUACACAGACAUACAUACUGACAAAGACAUACAUACAGACAUAGAUACAUACUGACAUACACACACACAUACAGAUAGACACAUACAUACAGACAUACUGACAUGCACACACUGACAUACAUGCAUACUGACAUACAUACACACAUACACAGACAUACAUACUGACAUACACACAGAGACAUAUAUACAUACUGACAUACAUACACACAUACAAACAUAUUGACAUACACAUACUGACAUACAUACAUACAUACUGACAUACACACACACAGACAUACAUACUGACAUACACACAUACUGACACACACACACAUCCAUACUGACAUACACACACAAACAUACAUACUGACAUACACACACACACAGACAUACAUACACACACAGACAUACAUACUGACAUACACACACACACACAGACAUACAUACUUGCAAACACAGACAUACAUACACACACAGACAUACAUACAUACAUAUACACACACACACACCUCAUUUAUCAGCCCUCCUCUUACCUUUAAGUUGCAGGAGGGUGGCUGGGGAUGAUGGGAGCGAGCGGAUGCCUCUCCUCUCUCUUCUGCUCUCCCUCCGCUCUCUUCCCACGCGCAGUAAGCUUGCGUGUAAUUGCGCGACCGGGCCCCUUUAAAAAAAAAAAAAUUGCGGCUACACCGCAAGUGCUGCUGGGAGGAAGUGACGGCCGGUCACUUCCUCCCAGCAGCACUUGCGGUGUAGCUGCAAAUUUUUUUUUAAAGGGGCCCGGUCGCGCAAUUACACGCCCGCAGCGCUGACCGGGCCCCUGAAAAUAUAGGGCCCAUCGGGUGGCCCUAAAUGCCUGGGCCACCUGAUCGGCCCCGGUGCAGAUGCACCUGCGGCAGUUUCGCCGCUCCAUGUGGGCCCGGGCCCCGCAGGGCCGCCGGGCCCGUGACAACCGUUAUCGCUCUAGAGAAAGUCAGGUGAAAGUGCACAAAAAGUAAAAUAGUGCUGGUCAGAUUGGUCCUGUAAACAAGUUGGAGGUAUGGGGGCACACUGGGGACAAGCAAAGACCACUGGCAGAAUGAAAUAACCAAAAAGAGGUGUAAUUGUGCAGAGUAGCUCCACCCUGUUUAUUUGGGGAGCAGGAUUUUGAAGGGGAAAGAAGGAGAGAGGAAAACACUGUGGAAGGACGGAGAGUGUUAAUCCCUGCCAAAGCAGUGACAAUUCAUGAUCUCCAGUAAAAUGACACACCGUAAGGGUGCAUAUACUGUAUUAUCUGGGGUGGUGGAGAUAUAGGUUGCUGUAUUAUCUGGGGGGUGGGGGGAUAUAGGUUGCUGUAUUAUCUGUGGUGGUGGGGAUAUAGGUUGCUGUAUUAACUGCGGUGUUGGGGAUAUAGGGUGCUGUAUUAUCGAGUGGGGGGAUAUAGGUUGCUGUAUUAUCCCGGGUAGGGGGAUAUCGAGUGCUGUUUUAUCUGGGGUGGUGGGGAUAUAGGUUGCUGUAUUAUAUGGGGUGGUGGGGAUAUAGGCUGCUGUAUUAUCUUUGGUGGGGGGAUCUAGGUUUCUGUAUUAUCUGGGGUAGUGGGGGAUAUAGGUUGCUGUAUUAUCUGUGGUGGUGGGGGUAUUUGUUGCUGUAUUUUUUUGGGUAGGGGAUAUAGGGUGCUGUAUUAUCUGGGGUGGGGGGAUAUAGGUUGCUGUAUUAUCUGGGGUAGGGGAUAUAGGUUGCUGUAUUAUCUGUAGUGGUGGGGGUAUUUGUUGCUGUAUUAUCUGGGGUGGUGGGGGAUAUAGGGUGCUGUAUUAUCUGGGGUGGUGGGGGAUAUGGGGUGCUGUAUUAUCUUGGUUAGGGGAUAUAGGUUGCUGUAUUAUCUGGGGUGGGGGGAUAUAGGUUGCUGUAUUAUCUGUGGUGGUGGGGGUAUUUGUUGCUGUAUUAUCUGGAGUGGGGGGAUAUAGGUUGCUGUAAUAUCUGGGGUUGGGGGAAAUAGGUUGCUGUAUUAUCUGGGGUGAGGGAUAUAGGUUGCUGUAUUAUCUGGGGUGGUGGGGAUAUAGGGUGCUGUAUUAUCUGGGGUGGUGGGGGAUAUUGGGUGCUGUAUUAUCUGGAGUGGGGGGAUAUAGGUUGCUGUAUUAUCUGUAGGUGUUGGGGAUAUAGGGUGCUGUAUCAUCUGGGGUGGUGGGGAUAUAGGGUGCUGUAUUAUCUGGGGUGGUGGGGGAUAUGGGGUGCAGUAUUAUCUGGGGUGGGGGGAUAUUGGUUGCUGUAUUAUCUGUGGUGGGGGGAUAUAGGUUGCUGUAUUAUCUGGGGUAGGGGAUAUAGGUUGCUGUAUUAUCUGUAGUGGUGGGGGUAUUUGUUGCUGUAUUAUCUGGGGUGGUGGGGGAUAUAGGGUGCUGUAUUAUCUGGGGUGGUGGGGGAUAUGGUUGCUGUAUUAUCUGGGGUGGUGGGGGAUAUAGGGUACUGUAUUAUCUGGGGUGGUGGGGGAUAUGGGGUGCUGUAUUAUCUGGAGUGGGGGGAUAUAGGUUGCUGUACUAUCUGGGGUGGGGGAUAUAGGUCGCUGUAUUAUCUGGGGUGGGGGGAUAUAGGAUGCUGUAUCAUCUGUGGUGGUGGGGGUAUUUGUUGCUGUGUUAUCUGGAGUGGGGGAUAUAGGUUGCUGUAUUAUCUGGGGUGGGGGAAUAUAGGUUGCUGUAUUAUCUGGGUGAGGGGCUAUAGGUUGCUGUAUUAUCUGGGGUGGGGGGGGAUAUGGGGUGCUGUAUUAUCUGGAGUGGGGGAUAUAGGUUGCUGUAUUAUCUGGGGUGGGGGAUAUAGGUUGCUGUAUUAUCUGGGUGAGGGGCUAUAGGUUGCUGUAUUAUCUGGGGUGGUGGGGGAUAUGGGGUGCUGUAUUAUCUGGGGUGGGGGGAUAUAGGUUGCUGUAUUAUCUGGGGUGGGGGAUAUAGGUUGCUGUAUUAUCUGGAGUAGGGGAUAUAGGUUGCUGUAUUAUCUGUGGUGGUGGGGGUAUUUGUUGCUGUAUUAUCUGGAGUGGGGGGAUAUAGGUUGCUGUAUUAUCUGGGGUGGGGGGAUAUAGGUUGCUGUAUUAUCUGGGGUGGGGGAUAUAGGUUGCUGUAUUAUCUGUAGUGGUGGGGGUAUUUGUUGCUGUAUUAUCUGGGGUGGUGGGGAUAUAGGGUGCUGUAUUAUCUGGGGUGGGGGGAUAUAGGUUGCUGAAUUAUCUAGGGUGGGGGGAUAUAGGCUGCUGUAUUAUCUGAAUCCAUCUUGCCUUCCACACGCUGCAGAUUUCAAGUCCCAGAGGAUGCCCCAUAGCAUCACCCAACCAGCACCAUGCUUAACUGUAGGCAGAGUGUUCUACAUUCUUCUUCCUCCAGACAUACUGCUGAUCCAUUGGGCUGAAAAGUUCUAGUUUUGUUUCAUCGCUCAACAGAACAGAAUCAACAAACUUCUGUGGCCUAUUUAUAUCAUUUUGAGCAUUGGAUCCAACUUUUCAUGUGCUUUUGCAUCAUGAGUGGUGUGGCAUGGAAACCUUCUGUGUUUAGUACGCGCCUUACUUUGCUCAGUGAAACCUCAGUGCCUGUUGCCACCAAGUCUUUCUGCAGGUCUUUUGCAGUCACUCAAGGGUUUUUCACAACCUGCCUUCUCUGCAAUCUGGUUGCAGCCAUUGAUAGCCUUCUUUUUCUGUCCCGUUAAGGUUGUGUAACCACUGUUCCUUCAAUUUUGAACUUGCGAACUAUGCUUCCAACUGUGUCUCUAGGAACAUUCAGUGUCCACGUUGUAUUUUUGUAUCCUGUUCCUUGUUUGUGAAGGGCAUAAAGUCCUACACAUUUGGAGACUGUUCGCUUAAAAAGGCUCUUUUUACUUGCUACUAUAGCUUCACUUACUGGAUUACCACAGUAUAACACUAUUUGUUAUUAUUAUUUUUUCCUUUAUGUGUGUUUUGAUUACCCCAUUAUUCGAACUAGUAAGUGUUUCUUUAUUCAUUAGUGCUCACUCAUCACGUGUGUGUUCAAAGGUGGAUUGUCACCUCCACAAUGAGUUAUGUUGUUUGCAUGGGUUUGCUGGGUAGUACAUAUAGAGUAUUUUUAAACUGCUGAUCACGAUAUAUCUUUUAUACUAUUAAACGCCUAGUAUUUUACACUUUAUUUUUAAUCUUGUUAGCCAGCUGCCCACUAGUGUGGCAUCAGGUAAGUAGGCUAUUAAGCGCUAUAUUGCUAAUUAUUUAUAGGGCCAGAACUUCACAGAUUCAACUGUCCCGGAAUUAUUGAGGUAAAUAUAUCAUAGGCUACUUAUUGGAAUCCUGUCUGUUUCUAUAGAAUACUUUAAAACUAUUACCUAUGUACAUUCUUGUUCCAGAAAUGUAUUGCUUAAUAAAACUUGUGAUCGGUGGAGAAAAUCCCAGUCAAGUGCAUUAAGGUUAGUUUUCUGCAGCUCGUGGACUCUGGACCUGUGUGAUCCCAACUAAUAUUCCAGACACUUCCUUUUCCUUGCUAAACGUUAACUUAAUUGUUUAUCAUGCACGGACAGGAGGUAGAUGGAAUCAGUCUUUAGCAGACACCGCAAAGCAAGGUUCUCUCAGCAUGACGUGCAUUGAAGGAUGGACGUCUUGUAAUGGAUUCUUCCUAUUGAUACUGUCUAUGUUGGCCAUAGCGUUCAACUUGACGCCAUUAAUUGCCGACUAUGUGGAGGACCAGAGACUUCUGUAUAGCCCCAUCUCAUGCUAUGAGUGGUGGCUCCCCGGAAUGGUUGGAGGCGGUUUGUUAGUAAGUACUGAUCAAUAACUGACAUUUUGGGACCUAGUAUAACAUGAGACGCAAUCUUGCACUUUUUUCAUAUUCAUUAAUUGAAUUCAUCUUAUUCUACUUUGCACGUUUGUUCCCCCUUUUCAUGCAUAUUCCCCAUGUCCAUAUUUUUUUGCCAUAUCCUCUGUUCUGACUGUGCCUGUGUCUGUGCAACUCUUUCAAUCUGUAUUUGUACAGCUUCUACGAGACCCUGAAAUGCACAACCUGACACAACUAGCACAUAAAUGAACACACACUGAGGAUUGCAAGACAUGGACGGUAUUGUUUAAAUUUUUCACGGCUGCAGCAAUUCUUACUUUGCUUCCUAGAUCAUAGGGAGUUUUUAUAAGGCAAUUUAACCAUGUACAUACAUGUAAAAAUGGACAGCAGGAUUUAGAUUUGAAUCUAGAGAAUGUGUUUUUCCAUAUUGUGUUGUCAGGUAUUUAAUUGUAUUGCGUACAAAACUGUGCUGUAUUCUAGUAGCAGGUGAGAAGAUACAUGAUGGUUAAGACAAAAUAUCUAGUUUUUAUGUGACUGUUCAUUUGCAUUGUAGGUGUUAGAUUACAAAUAUAUACAUACAUAAUGGAGAACAAUUUAUUAUGGCUUAAUGGAAACAUUAUAUAAAAUCACAAUCACUAAAUCACAAUCAUGAAGACUGAAGAGACCUAGAUGGCAUUAUUUAGCUCUAAUACACAGUUUAUGGCUUAGUAGGUUAGUGUGUUAUUGUUGGUGUUAGCAGUGGCGGAUCCAGAGCCUGAUCUCGGGAGGGGCACUUGUAGAUUAUUUAAAGAAAUAAUCCAGACACAAUAACCAGUGUAACUCAGUGUGCCAGUAGUGCCAGGAUCCCAUCCCAGAGUAAGUAGUCAAACCGUUUAAGAACAGUUUGACAACUUACCUGGGGUCUGCUGGGAUAUAGGGCAUAGGAGCAGUGGUAUGUGUUAGGGGUGAAGUGUGUAUUAAAGGUGUAGUGUGUGUGUGAGCGGUGAAGUGUGUGCGUGAGGGUGGCAGUGUAUGUCAGGGUUGCAGUGUGUGUGUUAGGGGGCAGUGUAUGUGUGGGGCAGUGUAAAUGUGAGGGGGCACUGUGUGUGAGAGUUGCAGUGUAUGUGUGUUUGAGGCAGUGUGUAUGGGGGGCAGUGUAUGUGUGUGUGGGGCAGUGUGUGUAUGGGGGGGCACUGUAUGUGUGUGUGGGGCAGUGUGUGUAUGGGGGGCCACUGUAUGUAUGUGUGGGGCAAUGUGAGUAUGGGGCAAUGUGUGUAUGGGGGGCACUGUAUGUAUGUGUGGGGCAAUGUGUGUAUGGGAAGCAGUGUGUGUGUGUGUGGGGCAGUGUGUGUGUAUGGGUGCUUAUCAUAUAUGUUCCUGUAUUUCCCAGGACAAGAGAGAGCUAGCAUUAUUAUUCUCCUUAGAAUCUGCCUUCCACUAAAUUCUACUUAUAUCGGGCAGCAUCAAGACAUGUAUGUUCCAGUGCUGGCCUAACAUUAAACUUCUCUCCUUAACCCUUACACUACCAAUAACACUUAUCCUAUACCUAACACAUACACUACCCAUAACCAUUACACUAACCUUUAACCUCUACACUACCCUGAUUCACUACUCCUAACUCCUAACUUAUACACUACUAUAUUAUGCAAUUCCUAACCCUUAACUCCUGCACUACCUUAAUACACUAUUUCAAACCUUUAACCUCAACACUACCCUUACACUAACCCUUAACCUCUAUGCUGUCCUAACACAUAAAAACCUAACCCUUAACUCCUGAACUACCUUAAAGGAUCACUAUAGUGUCAGGAAAACAAACCAGUUUUCCUGACACUAUGUCAUCCUUGGGGGACCCUCACCCUCAGGGUCCCCCUCCCUUGGCAUGAACGACAUCACCAUCCCUGCAUUAUAAAAUUUAAAACAUUAAUUAAUGGGCAUAUAUUUAAUUGUAUUUAUUUAUUUUUUUGUUAAUUUUACAAAAUGUAAUUAGCAGAGUAGGAUUUAUAUGGGAUAUUUGCCUUGAAUUCCAUUAAUGUUUUAUUAAUGACUGAUACUUAGUGCAAAUUAUAUCGACUUUGACUGUGGCAUUCAGUUCAACAUGAAUGGAUUAAAAGCACUGAAUGUUUUUAAAAGGAACAUCCACACAUGUCCUACCAUUUGAUAGAGAAAUCCAUGAUGGUUAAUUAUUAAACACGAUGACCUGCCAAGAACCUUCUUAUCGAACACAUAAACAUAUAAUAAAUAUAAAGCAAUAAAAAAAUCUGACAUUUUUGCCAGUAAAUCUACGAUAGGAAAAAAGAAAUCAGCAUUUUGUAUUUUUUUAAUUUUUCUUUUCAUGUGUCAAAUAUGCUGAUAUUUCAAUUGAAACUAAAAGUAAAAUAAAAAAGUAAAGGACAAUGUCUAUAUUAGUUAUCAUGUAAAAAAAAUACACGUUAUUAAUCUGGCUCAUCAUGUAAAGGUAUUAUUAUGAAUGUAGCAGACUCGCCUAAAUAAAUCACAUUUAUUUGCAAUACUUUUACAAGGCUAUUGACUAAAGUGAGAUUUAUCGGGAAUUCAAAUUGAAUUUAAAAGGAAUUUCAUAUUUAAGACCAAAGUAGCAGAACUGGAGGCACAGCUGACUUUUCAGUUUGACUAUUUUGGCCUUAAAUUUACAAUUCGCUUGAAAUUCACUCUCUCCUUCAGCCUCUGCAUUGAACUGAGAUUGCACUGAUGAAAUGAUGAUCUAAUCACAGUUAAAUCAAAGGCCACUACUCCAUACUAAUUCUUUCAAUCUUAACAAUUCUCAUGUUAGUGAAUAACGGUCAGAGUUAUUCAGUAAACUGAGAAUUGUUGGGAAUUAAAAAUGAAUUUAAAUUUUAAAAUCAGUAUCCGAAGCUGGAAACAUAGCGAACUGGGUGAUUUUUUUUUUCAAGUUCAGUUAUUUUCCUCUUAAACGUAAAACUUGCUUUUAAUUAAAUUAGAAUUUCCAACUUUAUUCAAUAACUAUGUCUGUUAAUUGUAUGGACUUCAAAUCCAAAUUAACCUUUUUUUACAUUUGUUUUAUAAAUAAAUAGCUAGACUGUGUAAGAGAUUUUUUUCCAAAUCAGCUACUGAAAUUUAAAUUUUGCAGUUUGAAUUUUUGUUCAAUCUUUAUGGUCAGUCAAAUGAUACAACCAUUACCAUAUUCACCAGGACAGCAUUAUCAGGGUUAUCACAGGGAGCGUUCUCCAAGACUGUGCAGUUUGGAUUUUUGAAUUCCCUAUAAAUGUACAGAAGUGUUUAGUACAUAAACCCUAAAGGGAUAUUGGGAGACUAUAAAUAAAUUAAGAACAUUUUUGAGAAAGAAUAAAGUCUUAUUGUGACGGACCACCUGGCACCCCGAUUAGGUACCUCCGUCAAGCUCGCUUCCUAGCUCUCCUCUGGGACACAAGAGUGCUUCAGCGCCUGGCCACCGAAGCUUGGCUGGGGUCUCAAUGUUGCUUCCCGCCCUGGAACAGGGUCCUGGGUACAGCUCCAAGUGAUUAAGCUCUCCUGCAGAGAGUAUAGCUGAUCCACACAAACGCUCGCCCAGACUGAGUGAAGGGUGAAAAGGAACUGCUUUAUUAUGGCCAAGUUGCCUGCUUAUACACACAACCCCCAGCAGGGGGUCUCCACACCACACAGUAGAAUGCAAGCCCCUCCCAAAAAGCCUAAUUGAGUUAAAGACCAGUAAGCUAAUUAUCUCCCAGGAACAGAGAGGCAAACACAAAAACAUAAAACAUAUAAAUACCCCAAAACAUCAACAAAAUAUACAAUAACCCCACAUAACACACAUCCCCAAAUACCCCUGAUCUGAGUGCCCAAGUUCUCCAAACAGCGCUCAGAUCCAUGCAGUGUAGGGGAAACGCCACCAUGUUAAAGUUCUGACCGGCCGCACACGUGGUCCUCGGCCUAAAAUAGUUCAGGGGUGGAUGGUGCUUUUGCUGGUCAACUUUCCGGAGCUCCUGCGGCCGCAAUACAGAAUGCUCCACCUGGCUCUCAGGUAGUGUUUGUUCCCCUUAGUCUCAGGCACCUUUCCUCCAAAAAGCAAUAUCCUGAUGGGUAGCAAUAUAGUUCAAAACCCCAGACCAGGAACCGCACGGUCACCUCAUGCCGAAUACAGUUCUAUAACAUUCGCGGCUCAGUACCGCUGAGGUAACCGGGGACCCACAAAGUCCUAGUGCUGCAAUUAGUUCCAUAGUGGACGAAGCUACGUACCGCUGAGGACCAUUCGUGGGUUUGGUUCAUGCGAACGGCCGCCAGGGAGCUAGUGUUCAGUUCCAUUCGAAUGAAGGGAAAAUGGCGAACCAGGGACACCCAAGUAAAGCUGCUAAUGGCAGCUGGGUAGGGUAACUCCCGAACGGUGUCUCAGACCUGGACCAUAGUCAGUGGGCAGGAGGCCAGCUCCCACACUCCUCCAGGAGUUUGUAGCAAACGUACAAGGAAAAGAACAUUUUGUCACACUCAUUUUUACCAGACUCUCUGUGGUAGAUGUCAAAUCACCAGCAGAAACUCUGUAGUUUGUAUAGUCCAUCUUUUCAAAGAUUUAUUACCCUCAGGCAAUAUUAAAAUAAGGUAACACUAAAGCCUUAGUCUCUCAUAAUUUCUGAUUUAUGACAACUAGUGAUCAAUACAAUAUUGCAUUCUUGCAAAAACAAUCACCUAAUUAAUGUGAUUUUACAGCCAUUUAACAUUUUGGCCUCUAUAAAAUGACUAAAGAUAAGGUGUAUGAGGAAGGCUGGGGAGAUCAAAACUGCUAACACAGCUACAAGGAGAGCAAAAGUAGUCACAGUAUGAUAAACUUUAUCUUUAAGCAUUAUUGUGGACAAGGAUAGUUUGCUUAGCUCAUUAGAUAUAAAUAUAAUGAAGUAACUAAAAAUUCUCACUAGUUAAUUUAAGUAAAAUAAAUGUCUCAAUUACAAUUACUCUCUCCCAAACAAACGUAUGGCUCAGUAUUACACUUAAAGGGGCUCUCUAAGGACAACAACCUUUACAGUACAGUGUAGAACUUCUGGUACAAAGGGUCUGUGAGUGCUUCCCCCAUUAUUUUUUUCAACUGGAAUACAAGUAUAAAGUGGUGGGCUAAUAUUGAUCUCAUCUCACUACAGUGGUUAUGGUGUGAGGAUUGCUCUGACAUCCUACUAGAGGAAUUAGUCCAAUCAUUUGCAAAUGGUUUUACAAGUUACCUGGGAUCCACCGAACCAUGCUCCGUUGUAGUCGGAAAUCUCCAGCAAGUGGCUAUCUUUAGCUCCACCAAGCUAAGCCCUACAGUGCAGGACCAGCUCUUUGGCUGAAAACAUUCUCAGCCAAUAAGCUAAGCCCUGAACUGCCAGAUAAGUUGUCAAACUAUUCACAAGUGGUUUGACUACUUACCUUUGGAAGGCAGCAGAGCACUUCUGGCACAAUAACCGCUACAAUGUUCUGUAGUUGUUAUGUUUUUUGGGGGUUUUUUUGCGUGCUUUAAAGGACCACUCUAGGCACCCAGACCACUUCAGCUUAAUGAGGUGGUCUGGGUGCCAGGUCCAGCUAGGGUUAACCCAUUUUUUAAUAAACAUAGCAGUUUCACAGAAACUGCUAUGUUUAUUAAUGGGUUAAGCCUUCCCCCAAAACCUCUAGUGGCUGUCUCAUUGACAGCCACUAGAGGCGCUUGCGUGCUUCUCACUGUGAUUUUCACAGUGAGAGCACACCAGCGUCCAUAGGAAAGCAUUGUAAAUGCUUUCCUAUGCGACCGGCUGAAUGCGCGCGCAGCUCUUGCCGCGCGUGCGCAUUCAGCCGACGGGGCGGAACGGAGGAGGAGAGAAGGAGGAGAGCUCUCCGCCAGCGCUGGAAAAAGGUAAGUUUAAACCCCUAUCCCCUUUCCAGAGCCGGGCGGGAGGGGGUCCUUGAGGAUGGGGGCACCCUCAGGGCACUAUAGUGCCAGGAAAACAAGUAUGUUUUCCUGGCACUAUAGUGGUCCUUUAAGUAGUUUCGCAUACAAAGAAAUAGCAGGCUGCCUGAAGUUCCGCAGUAGCAAAAUUUGACUUUUAUUGUAUGUAUGUUAAAUAGUAAAUAUCUUUAAUAUGAGAUUUAGAGAGUUCCCACUUAGCUUGUGAAAUGCUGUGCUAUACUUACACAUUUUAUCAUAAAUUGCUAGUCAUUUCCCUUUAAUAGUUUUAGAUACAUAAUGCUGAUUUCUCAGUUUAUUUAAGUAAACAAUUUACCAUAUUUAAAUUUAUAAUUUCUUCUAAAAUGUUAUACUGUAUUCCUAACAAAGAAACACAUUUCUCUACUGGGACAACAUUCCAUCCCUUUGUACCAGGAAGAGCAUCUGUAAAAGCGCAGUACCACCACCUUUCCCCUGGGAACCUCCAAGCUCCAGGGAGGGAGUGAGGAGGGAGAGUGGACUCAGGGCCCACUCUAGUGCUUAUGUGCAGUCUACAAUAACAGCCUGUCCUACAUAAUGCAUUCACAGUUGCCUGAUUUUAUGUGUGGAAAACUACUUGCGGUACAUGGACAUAAUUUCGAAAUUAUUGCUGCAGUUUUAGGAAACUGUGUUCCCAAAAAUUUACUUUUUUUGCCAUAUCUUAUACAUUUGACAAAAAUGGUACUAAUGCUGCUAUGCUAAUAUUUUCGAAUCCUGUCUGAAAUCUGGAAAUGUAAGGGACACUGUACAAUGUCUAAAACCUUUUAGCACUCUGCUGUUGUUCUAAACAAAGAUGAAUAAAAAUGUGAAAAUUUAAAAAUGUAAUUAUGCAUAUUUACACCAGUUUCAAUAUCCCUGCAGCAAUAUAUAAAAGAGCGUUUUGUUUUUUUAUUCUUUAAAAUAAGCAAAUGUGUUUUUUUUAAACAGCUCAGUGAAUCAACUCCUGCCGAGUUAUUCACUAAACUGUUAAUUGUUGGUAACUCACUUGGAUUAUUCAAUUUCAUCACUAAUAACGAUUUAUUAUAUAAUCACUAUAAGGCGUGGUGCUUUGUUUUCUUUAUAAGUUUCGCAAACGACAUCAGAGUCCAUUUCAGCCCAGGCACAGCCAAACAUUGCAAAUGAGGUUAAAUCAUUCUAGAAAGACUUGUCUUUACCAGUCUGACAUGAUUCUCAAUUCCAACUCUCUCUUUCUCCCUCUUCAAUCUUGCUUACAUCCCCCCCCCUUCUACUGAUACUGCCCAGAUUAAAUUAUCUAAAUGAUCUAAUCACCGCUAAAUCCAAAGGCCAGUACUCCAUGCUAAUUCUUCUGCUGCCUUUGACACUGUUGAUCAAACUCUCCUUCUGCAAACUCUUCAAUCCCUUGGUCUCUGUGUCACUGACAUGUUGUUAUUCUCGUCCUCUCUCUGCCAAUGCCCAAAGGUAGGGGGGCUGGGUGGAAUUUAAUCAAAAUAAAGCAUAAUAAUAAUUUGUGAGUGUAUGAAAACAUGUAUGUGUGAAUGUGUCAAUCUCAGUGUAUCUGUCAGUGAAUGUAUGUCUGUGAGUAUGUGUGUGUCUUUCAGUGAUAGUGAUGUCCCGAACGGUUCGCCACGGACGGCGAACAUAUGCGCUGUUCGGUCCACCCCCUAUGUCAUCAUUGAGUAAACUUUGACCCUGUACCUCACAGUCAGCAGACACAUUCCAGCCAAUCAGCAGCAGACCCUCCCUCCCAGCAUCCAUUUUACAUUCAUUGUGAAGCUGCAUUCUUAGUGAGCUGUCCAGGAGGUGGGAGGAGGUGGGAGGGUCUGGGAGGGAGGGUCUGCUGCUGAUUGGCUGGAAUGUGUCUGCUGAUUGUGAGGUACAGGGUCAAAGUUUACUCAAUGAUGACGAAUAGGGGGCGGACCGAACAGCGCAUAUGUUCGCCAUCCGUGGCGAACCGUUCGGGACAUCACUAGUCAGUGAAUGUGUGUGUGUGUCAUUGAGUGUAUGCCAGUGUAUGUGUAUGGGAGAGUGUGAGCCUGUCAAUUAAGUGUGUCUGUCAGUGAAAAUGUGUGUUGGCUAAACAAUGUGUGUGCCAAUUACAGUGUGCCUGUCAUUGAGUGUAUGUCAGUGCCAGUGUAUCAGUGAGGGUAUGUGUCUGCCAGUCAAAGUGUGUGUUAGUCUUCAACAGGAAGAAGGACAACCUUGAGAGGAAAGGGUGAGGCAAGUUUACAUUAGGUUGUUUCACAAGUUUAAUAAUGCCUAGGGAAACUCAAAACUAAAAUACACAACUGAUUCAGUGUCCCCUUUUCUAAUAGCACCUCUUUCCCUCACCCUGCCUUGGUUAGAGUCUCCCAAGGCUCUGUUCUCGUUCCUCUUAGUUUUCUCUUUAUACUGACUCUCUUGGCAAACAAAUGAAUUCCUCUGAAUUCCACUACCACCUGUACGCUAAUGACACCCAGAUAUAUCUCUGCUGUCCUAGAACGUGUCACUGUUUGCCUCUCUUCCAUCAUUGAUUGGAAGUCCUCCUACUUUCUAAAACUCAAUCUCUCUAAAACUGAAUCUUCCCUCCUCAUACUACUAAUCCCUACAAGUUGAUGCAGCCCGUCUUUGCAUGCUUUUGUUAUCUUUGAUUCUGGCCUCACUUUUAUGCUUUGCAUUCAGUAUGUUGCAUGAAUCGUGCCAAUUCCACCUUAAAAACAUUGCCACAUUCGCAAGAUUCUAGUACAAAGCUUGACACAGCAAGCGAGGCACAGGGAGUCUGUCCUCUGUGCAUUAUAUCUGUGAUGCACAGUUUUGCGACACAGUAAGGCACAGGGAGCCCUUAGUGUCUGAAUAGGACAUACGUUAUGUUGAUUACUGUACUUCUCUCCUUAUUGGUCUCCUCAGAAACCGUACUUUCUCGAUACAGAACAUAAUGCAUGCUGCUGCCAGGCUGAUCUUACUGUUCCAUCGCCCCUCUGACACCUUACCUCUCUUACAUUGUCUUCCUGUAGGAUUCAAUUCAUAUACUAACUUUUACUUAUAGAUCUCUAAAGAACUCUACCCCCAAUCUCCCCCACACUACAUUUCUUCACUAAUUCGUUGGAAUGUCCCUUCUCGGUUGCUCAUCUUUGCUGGCGACCUUCUCCUGUGCUGCUCGUACCCUUAGUGCUAAAUGUGGCUAGCCAGAUUUCCCGCGGGCUGCUUCUUUCCUUUAGAACAGCCUGCCUACUUCCAUCAGACUCUCCCCUAGUUUUCAAUCAUUUAGCAGUCCUUCAGAGUAGUCAAUGGCCUCCCAGAGUAACUUUUAUUUAACAAAGCCUAUCUUUCACGCUCCCUUCAAUUUCUGCUAUUUUCCCACUUUGUUGUCUGGUUGCUAUUCCCCAUGCUGCUCUUCCAAUUGUGGUUUUACACCCCACCUCCUCUAGAUUGUAAGCUUUUUUUUGAGCGAAGUCCUCAUUGACCUAUUGUUCCGGUAACAUUUAGUAAUUGUCUCAUUUAUUGUUUAAUUUCCUCCUAUAUAAUCUUGUAAAGCGCUGUGGAAUAAGUUGGCGUUAAAUAGAUGCCGAUUAUAAAAAUAAAUAGAGACAAUGAAUAGCUAGCAAUUGCCUAAAACUUAACAUAUUGUAUGAGUGUACGCUACUUUAAUUCAGCUUCAUGAAAAAAAAAAAGAAAGAAAAAUCAAGUUUAUCCGAUAGUGUAUGCCCUUUUGGAACUCCAACUUUCAUCAUAAGUAGCCAGCAAGCUGGCUGUCAAUUGUGCAACACCACACCCUGACCUUGAUCUUAUAUGAAAAAUUGCAUUUUAAAAUAACAGACGCUAAAAAGAUGUACUUUGGUAUAACUUUUUUUCCUUGUAAUGAAGUUGUAUCGUAGGAGUCUGAAGAAUAAGGUUAGUAUUAUUAAGGUAUAUUUUUAACAGGAGAAUUAGCAGUAAUGGAUCUUCUUUGUGAUUGGUGCAGGUUCUGCCAGGUGUGGCCAUGUCAUUGGCCGCAAGGAGGAAAGGAAGCUGUAAUUCCAGGUGUGGGGUAUGUAUACCAUUUUCUGUCUCUGUCUCUGUAUGUACAUCGUGUAUGUCUUCUGUGAGCUCUGUUUGAUGGCUUGUUUAUUUUUCUGGGCAGAUCGUACUUUUAAAUCCUCGUACUUCACGUGGUGUCUGUCUUCUGUGCAUUAUCUCUGUGAUGCCCAGUUACUGACACAGUGAGACAAAGGGAGUCCAUAAUCUCAGAACAGAACCAGGGCAUAAUAUAUGUUACACUCCCAGGCACCAGGCUCCAUCUUAAUUCAGCCCUGUGCCGAUAAUAAAUAAUAUCAUGGUAGAGGAUCUGAAAGAAUGAUAUUCUGUCUAUCCUCGAUCUCUGCCUCCAUACCACUAUAGGGAGAGGAGUUUAACCCCUUAAGGACCAAACUUCUGGAAUAAAAGGGAAUCAUGACAUAUAUAUAUAUAUAUAUAUAUAUAUAUAUAUAUAUAUAUAUAUAUAUAUCAUAUCUUUUUUAUGAUAUCUUUUAAAUGGGUUGGAAUUUCAGUGAGAAUUCAACACAGUCUUUAUGAGCAUUAAUUAAAGAUUUUUGUAGUUAUGAAAUACUCAUUUUUUAAGGGAGGGGUGGUGUGAAUAACAGAGCCACUUUAAAUAAUGUCAGCAUCUGAAUUAAAGCUGUAACUGCUGCUGGACUAGAACUGCCACCAACACUGGACAGAAUGCUUGUCAUAUUGUAUAUCACUGCCCUAAGAUAAAAGAAAAUCUAACCCAAAGAUAUCACACCAUCCAUCUCUCCAUCCAUAUCAGUUAAGAGUUAGCAGAGCCACCAUCAGGUGAGUACAGCCAGUGCAGCUAUAUGGGUUCUCUACCCUAUACCCCAAAUGUGCAUAUAUAUAACGAGUACCGUUAUGUUAAUAUAUUUAUAUAUAUAUAUAUAUAUAUAUAUAUAUAUAUAUAUGCACGUGUGGCUCCCUGCUUCCUUCUGUAAUGAAGAGGUGGACCACGAGACUCCAAAUUCAUCUAUGAGAAGAGUUCUACCUGAUGUGUGCUCUGCAGCUGGUUUGGAUUUGGCAUUUUCAGUUGUGAGUACGAGGAACGAUAGGAAGGAAAUUAUUAUUAUUAUUACAAAGAAUACUGCUAGGCUGUGACACUGAAUGGUAAAUGGAACAAAUGUGUUAAUCUGAUGAGCUAUGGAUCUAUAGGAUUUAUACACAAAAAUAUGAAUUGCGGCAAACUAACUGGAGUAAACGAAAAUGUUAGGCUGAAUAGCUAAACUGGAAAAAAAUCUAAACAGCUAUAUUAUUUUGAAAAGUUCACGUGAUUUCUGAUUUAGUGAAUAAACCCCUUUAUUAAUAUAUUAACAGAGCGCACAAAGCCUUUAGAGAUAUUGGGGGAGUCUGGGAGUACAGAACAUUCUCAGUUUGUCUACCAGCUAUACAUGGGGCAGGUCUUUUUGUUUUAUCUCUAGGUUAAUGAUUAGCACUGACAGGAGGCACUGAUUAUCUAACAGGAAUAUAACGCAAAGCUAAAAUAUCAUAACAGGAUAUGGAUAUUAAUCACAAAUGGGGAGAGCUGUAUUAUUUGCUUGAAGAGUACCUUGCCAUACACACAUUUGUAGAAUAGAGGCCGGCAUUCAUUAAGUGGACACUUCCGGCCUCUGUAAUGCAAAAGUGCGUCUGAAGAACAUCCUAUUAUUUUUCUAAAUAAAAUAAAGCUUCACCCAGUAAACAAGACCUAAAAAUAUUAUCCAGCUCUUAAAAUAACAGUCCACUGCCCAGAAAAAAAUAACCACUAUCAAGCAGAUAUACAAAAACAACUUGCAAAAGCUGCAGCUCUCUUGUCCGACGCCUUUGCAAGCCCUCCCCUUCUUCCCCAACCAUGACAUUCUGUGACUGUCCAAUCACAGACUUCCCAACGCAGUUCAAUGAGAAGUCUUUGCAAAGCAGGUGUUCUGAGCAAUCCCCCACCUAAUUUUGUAAAAUGAAAACAGAGGGCACACUAUUCACCCAUAAACCACUUCAGCAAACUAAAGUGCUUAAAGGACCACUCUAGGCACCCAGACCACUUCAGCUUAAUGAAGUGGUCUGGGUGCCUGGUCCUUCUAGGGUUAACCCAUUUUUUCAUAAACAUAGCAGUUUCAGAGAAACUGCUAUGUUUAUGAAUGGGUUAAGCCUUCCCCUAUUCCUCUAGCGGCUGUCUCAUUGACAGCCGCUAGAGGCGCUUGCCUGCUUCUCACUGUGAUUUUCACAGUGAGAGCACGCCAGCGUCCAUAGGAAAGCAUUAUGAAUGCUUUCCUAUGUGACCGGCUGAAUGCACGCGCAGCUCUUGCCGCGCGUGCACAUUCAGCCGACGGGGAGAAGAGGAGGAGGAUCGGAGGAGGAGAGCUCCCCGCCCAGCGCUGGAAAAAGGUAAGUUUUUACCCCUUUCCAGAGCCGGGCGGGAGGGGGUCCCUGAGGGUGGGGGCACGCUCAGGGCACUAUAGUGCCAGGAAAACGAGUAUGUUUUCCUGGCACUAUAGUGGUCCUUUAAGGUUUUUGGAUUCUUUCUUUAGCCAUCCAAACCCACGUUAAGAUGGUUAAAGUAUCAAAAUUAAUAUUCUAGGGUGUUUUCUUAAAACACACUAUUCACACACCAACAUUUGCCAGGCAUAGUGGGUCAGUCCUGGUUCUUAUGGCUCCCUGCCAGCCAUCUCUAUAAACGCUUUGUCGUGCUCACUAUUUUGCAACAGUCCAUUUCUUUUCAGGAUCAUGUGCUCUUUCUCACUGCAGCAUUUUCUGUCAGUCAAUUUUGAAAAUCGACAGAUUUUUGAAAAAUUGUGAAUAUAGGAUCAGAUAACGAACAACCACUGAAGAAAGGGGGAAUUUGGAGCAUGAGCAAGUGAUUUCUUUUUUUUUUUUAUAAGCAAGAACAAAGAAAAUAUCAUACAAAAAAAUGAUGACAGUGUCCCUUUAAAUAAACAGUGAGCUAAUUAUGUAGAACCAAAAAAUGUAAAAACCUGAUACAGGGCUGCCAUUUGUGAAAAAAUUAAAUAAAAAUCCAAUUCAGACCAAAAUAGCUGAUUGGGUGAUAAAAACGAUUCUGCAAUACUGUUAAAGUUUUUUUUAAUUCCUCACCGCCGCUCAUCACUGAAUAAUGACAGAUGUGCGGAAUGGUGAAAAGUGAAUUGGCCAUGUUCAGCCCAUGUGCACGUUUAGUUUUAACAGUUUACUAGAGGUAAAAAAUCAUCAAGUUGGUGUUAAGUUAUCCUCUCUUUUACCAGAUGCUAACCUCCGCCAUAUUGAGUCUUCUAGUUAUUCUCGGGGCAGCAUACUGCACCAUCAUCUCCCUUUUCGCCAUUGGCCGAGGUCCUCUCAUCUGUGACACAGGAACCCAUGACGUGAACAACUGCGAUUACACAUUGGGCAACUUCAGGUAUAUUUGGGCGCCAAGCAGUUUGCUGCAGCAUCAAACUCCGGGGGAAUCAGAUGUGCAAUAUUCUGUCUGAGUUAGGCUUGUAAAUCUUAGUACAACCGCACUGUGUACAAAAGAGGUGUAAUAAAAUACUGUGUGCUUUAUUCACUAAACUGUGAAUUAUUAUUAUUGGUAUUUAUAUAGCGCCAGCUUAUUCCACAGCACUUUACAAUAAGAUUUGAGAAUAUUUAACACGUUACUAUAUUUUUGGCCAAAAUUUGAACUUUAUUUUAGUUGAUGAAUUCACAAUGCCGCUAUUGGGUUAGGUUAGUUAUUUUGGCCUAAAAUUUCGAAUUACUAGUCAAUUCUCCACAAUUCUCAGCUUAGUGAAUGAAUCCCUAAUGUGUGAAUGUUAUAAGAAUUUCUCUGGCUCAUUGAUGGCUUAAUGGCAUUAGCAAAGAGAGUAACAGUAUUAACUGUAACAUCUCUGGGAGGAUUAAAGAUGUAAAGGUUAUAGGAACAUUCCAAGCACCGUAACCAUUAGAUCACAUUCUCAGCCAAUGAGCUAAGCCCUGCACUAUAGGGCUUAGCUCAGGAAAACUCUUAUGAUAAUUACAAACACUCUCUGGUGCUUCUUGCAAUAGAGGCAGGGAUAGGUGUUAAAGGACCACUAUAGUGCCAGGAAAACAUACUCGUUUUCCUGGCACUAUAGUGCCCCCACCCUCAGGGACCCACUCCUGCCGGGCUCUAGGGUGAGGAAAGGGUGAUACACACAUUUGCCAAAAGGGAAGACCUGCCAAAAGGGAAGAACAGUGUGUAAAAAAAAAAAAAAGUUUACAUUUUUUUUUUUUUUUUUUAUAUCAGCCCCUAUGUUAAUCAGGCCCUCCGUACAGGGUUAUUAACUUAAAUGCAAAAUGUUGAGAAUUAAAACUGAGGUUGCAAUUUUGGGUCAAAAUAGUUAAACUAAAUUUGGCAGGGGACUAAUUUUUCCCACUUUGGUCUAAAAUUUCAAAUGCAUUUUAUACCCAGGCAAUGCAUACUUUAACAAAUAAACCCUGAGAGUAGGGGCAAGGGUUAGAUAAACAUGGUUAUGGACCAGUGGUAGGAUGACCUUCAGCACUCCAGAUGUUCUGGACUACAUCUCCCCUGAUGCUUUGCCAGCAUUAUGGCUAUAAGAGUAUUAUGGAAGUUGUAGUCCACGUCUGGAGUGCCAAAGGUUACCUACCACUGAUAUAGAUGUUUGUUCAUGAAAAACAGAACAUUACGGCAAACAAAACAGUAUGUAUCCCUAAUUAUAUACCAAUAUCCCUGUUCUUUAAACUUUUUGUCUCCAUCAGCUCCUUUGAAAGUAUCAGGUUUGACCUGUCUUGGUUCCAGAACACCACCUGUCUUGAGACUAAUAACCCUGACGAUGAUAUGAGCAAUGGAAUCAUGAGAGAGAGAUUGCUGGAUCUUGAAAUAGAUGAGAAUACACAGAAGAUCAUCCACAUUGUUGUGUUUGUGGCACUGGCCAUCAUUGGCCUGUUAGAGGCUCUUGUAGGGAUCUUUCAAAUAGUAGCUGGAGUGUUUGGGUUCAUUUGCGGAACCUCAAAAAGAAGAGAUGAUGAUGAUGAUGACUAG